UUUCUGUAAGAUCACUAAUCACAAAUCACAAUUCACAAACAAAGUCAUUGAAGCUAGAAAUGGCUGAGCUAUUAGCCGUCCCGUUUAAAAAAUCUUCUGACGUAGACAUCGUCAAACCAUUAAAAAAUUUGAUUCAAAAUACAUACAGUGGAAGUGAAAGUACAGAAGACUUUAGCGAUGCGAUCAACGAGCUGAGCCGUCUGCGGACCGCAGCUAUUUGGAAAGUGUUCGAGAAAUCUUCACUAGACGUUCUGUACAGUUACUAUGACCAACUUGUAUCGUUGGAGAGUAAGAUCCCACCACAAGAAGUGCAGAUUCCGUUUAAAUGGAAGGAUGCCUUCGACAAAGGAUCAAUUUUUGGGGGUAGAAUGAGUCUCACAAUAAGCUCUUUGGCUUAUGAAAGGAUGUGCAUCCUGUUCAACAUAGCAGCCAUGCAGAGUGCUAUAGCUGCUCAACAGCCUCUGGAUACUGAGGAGUCUCUCAAAUUAGCUGCUAAAUUACUGCAGCAAGCGGCUGGUAUUUUUACAUAUCUGAAAGGGAACAUAAUGCUGGCAGUGCACCAGGAGACCACUCCUGACCUGAACCCCGACACCCUCAAUGCUCUGUCACAACUGAUGCUUGCUCAGGCACAGGAAGUCAUUGCUUACAAAUGUAUCAGAGAUGAAAUGAAAGAAAGUAUGGUGGCUAAGGUGUGCGCACAGUGUGAAGAGCUCUUCACGGAUGCCCUGCGCUCUAUGCAGAAGGAUGCACUGAAAAAUUUAUGGGAAAGAGAUUGGCUGUCCACUAUAAGCACGAAGCAGGCUAUAUUCAGAGGACUGACCCAAUAUUAUCAGGCUCAAGUGUGCCGAGCCAACAAGAGUGUCGGGGAGGAGAUCGCUAGGCUACAGGUGGCGAGCGCGGAGCUGCGCGCGGCGCCGGGCGGCGCGGGCGGCGGGCGCGUGGGCGACGUGGCGGCGCGGGCGGCGCGCCAGCUGGCCGCGGCGCAGCGCGACAACGACUUCAUCUACCACGAGCGCGUGCCCGAGCCGCGCGCGCUCGACCCCGUGCCGCGCGCGCCCGUCGCCAAGCCGCUGGCGCCGCCGCCGCGCUGGGGCGCCGCCGCAGACCUGUGGGAGCGGCUGCUGCCGGCGGCGGUGCACGCGGCGCUGGCGGCCAGCGGCGCGCGCCGCGCCGAGCUGGUCGGCGCCGAGAUCAACCAGCUGCGCGACGCCACGCAGCUGCUCAACAGCAUCCUGGCGUCGCUGAACCUGCCGGCGUGCAUCGAGAGCGAGAGCGGCGGCGGGCUGCCCGAGUCCAUCCGCAGCAAGGCGCGCGCCGUGCGCGAGGCGGGCGGGCUGCCCGCGCUCGCGCAGCUCAUGGCCGACCUGCCCGACCUGCUGCAGCGCAACCGCGACAUCCUCAACGAGGCGGACCGCAUGCUGCGCGAGGAGGCGGAGGCGGACGCGGCGCUGCGCCAGCAGUUCGGCGCGCGCUGGGCGCGCACACCCUCCGACCAGCUCACCGAGGCCUUCCGCGCCAACAGCGCCAAGUACGCGCAGAUCAUCGACAACGCCGUGCGCGCCGACGCCAUCGUGCAGCAGAAGUUCCAGCAGCACAAGGAGAGCAUCGAGCUGCUGAGCCGCAGCGAGGGCGAGAUCGGCGCGGACGUGCCCGACGCGCCGGCGCCGCGCGGGCCCGACGGCGACGCGCUGCGGGCGCUGCGCGAGCUCAUGGCCGACGUGGAGGCGCUCAAGGCGGAGCGCGACGAGAUCGAGGCGGCGCUGAAGGACACCACGCUGGACCUGCGCGAGCGCUUCCUGCAGGCGCUGGCGGCCGACGGCGCGCUGGACGAGCCCGCGCUGUCGGCGGGCGCGCUGGGCGCCGCGCUGGCGCCGCUGCAGCGCCGCGCCGGCGCCACGCUGCGCGCGCAGGAGCGCCUGGCGGCCGAGCUGCAGGCGGCGCACGCGCGCCUCAUGGCGGCGCGCGGCGGCGCCAGCGGCCGCGACGCCGCGCUGGGCAAGCUGGCCGCCGCGUCCGACGCCUACCAGGACCUCACCGCCAACCUGCGCGAGGGCGUCAAGUUCUACAACGACCUCACGCAGCUGCUGGUGGCAUUCCAGAACAAAGUGUCGGACUUCUGCUUUGCGCGUAAGACCGAGAAGGAGGAGCUAUUGAAAGACUUGACGCAGGAAGCGUCGCGGCCGAGCCAGCGGCCCGCGCCCGCGCCGCCGCAGCACCACGUGGACGCCGCCAGCGAGCCGGCAGUCGUGAAGAAGGAAGCACCCCCUCGCCCUCCGCCCCCCAGCGCGGGUUCCGCCCCCGCGGCCUCGGCCUCCGCGCUUCCCUAUCCUGCGCAACCUCAAGGCAUGCCUCUACCGUACGGGGCGACGCCGUACCCGGUGUACGCGCCCGUGCCGACGCUGUACAACCCGUACGCCACGUUGCCGUACCCGCACCACAUGCGGCCGCAGCAGCCCUACCAGCCCUACCAGUACCCGCCGCCGCCCGCCGGCUACCCGCAGCCGCCCUCCGCCGGCUACAACCCCUACCCGCCGCAGUAACGCGCCCGCACCCUCUCUCACACACCCCACACACCACCCCCCCUCCUCACACACACACAGAAAGAACAUUUGGUACAGUGCAAAUAUGUAAACCUUUAUAAAUGUUGUACUACGUACCAGCAUGUAGGAGAUUCUAUUUUUAUUGUCCCAUAGAUCAUAAUACAUUAUUUGUUGACCAAUAGGAAAGCAAAUAACUUUCUAAAAAAGAUAUUCUGUCACGAAUUAGAUUAAGCUGCAUUUCAUGAGGUCGUAAUGUUACAAACAAAUUAUCUAGGCUUCAUUAUAAGCUCCAAGCCUAUCGAACUCAACACUACUAGUGUGAUGCUGAACUAUAAUAAUUAUGGAAGUGUAAAAUUUUAUAUGUUUAAAUCAAUUUCAAUCGAAGGCGGACUAUACGACUAAAGAAUAUUUAUAUUCUCUAACUUAGAAAUAUACUUAAUUGUCAAUGUAUCUAUUUUUUAUUGAAGUACAUAUAUAAAAGAGUUUGUUUAUUCCCGAAUAAACCUACACUAUUUGUAUACCUGAUUAUUAUUCCAACAAACAGGCCGUAAUAAUCCCAUAAAAUCGUAUUGUCUGCCAGCGACUGAGCUGUCUCACGGUAUGAAAUGAUAGGAAACAAGGAAUGGUGCGAUCUUAUACAGGUGUUGGAUAUUGUUUAAUGUUUAUGCAUUUCUAUGUAAGGCUCAACAUGUAACAUUUAAAUGUUUAGAGUUUUGAAAUUAUUAUUGUAAGAGUUGUGAUUGUUGAAUAUUAAAAUUAUUAUUAUGUGUAACCUUCAUGUGACUUUCAAAUAUUUUACUUUGUUAAUUAUUUUUCAUUAUAAUUAGGCAACAUAAUGAAGCUUGUGAAUAUCGUGUACUAACUCAUCUUUCGAUCUGUUGUAGGUGAAACUUCGUAGGCAGGUGCUUUGUGCGCUGUUAGAAUACAUUAGUUUAAAAUGUUUAUUCAAUGAGUUUACCAAACUUUAUUUUUCAUAUUCGCGUAAUAUUUCAUAGUAUGUUAAUUUUAAUACAUUGGUACUCUAAUAAGUUGAUAAUUAUAUUUUUAUCUAGAUAA